AUGGUUUCAGUACGUUUUGAUGUUUUAGGCUCUGUAACACAUAUGUGUGGUGGUGCAAUUCUUUCUGAUAUAUUUGUACUAACUGCUGCCAAUUGUUUUGUACAACUUACAGCCUUUCCAAAUUGGUUUUCAAUCAAAGCAGGUAUACAUAAUAUUUAUAUUGAAAAUCAAGAAACAGAACAACUUCGAACAGUAUCUCAAAUAAUUUUACAUCCGAAUUAUUCAUCGAUCAAUUAUCUUAGUAAUAUUGCACUUGUUCGUGUUUCAUCAGCAUUCAAUAUUAAAGGAUUAAGUGUAUCAACUAUUUCAUUAUCAAAUUUAACAUUAUUAGAAAAUAUGGAUUUGAUAACAAUCGGAUGGGAUUUUACAACGAAUUCUUCAAAUAUAUCUACCCAAUCUCCAUUUCUACAACAAAUAACUGUACAAGAAAAUGUUCCAUGUUCUAAAAAAUCAAUUGAUCCAAAUACACAACUUUGUGCCACUGGUACAUGUCGAGGUGAUACUGGUGGUCCAUUGAUGGUCUAUUCAAAUGAUAGUCUACAAUAUGAACUUGUUGGUAUUACAAAUUUUCGUAAUGCAUGCACUACCGAAGGAUUAUUUACUCGAAUAGCACCUUUUAUUGAUUGGAUUUUGACAACAUUAAAAAAUCCGCCAACAACUGUCUCACCGUUUCCAACAUUUGGAACAUUUCCACCUAUUACAUAUCGAACUCCCAAGCCAGAUGUACUUGGUCGUCCAAUUGAAUUUAUAUGUAAUACAAGUUAUUCAUGUGGUUGCUCCGCAACGCCAGUUAUUUUUCAUGAUGAACCACCAUUUCCAGGUACUCGCCGUCGUGUUCAAGGAAGAAUUGUUGGUGGUGAGAACGCUCAACCACAUAGUUGGCCAUGGAUGGUAGCAUUACGAAGAUCUACUAUACAUUUUUGUGGCGGUGCACUUUUGAAUGAAGAAUGGGUACUAACAGCUGCUCAUUGUAUCAGUCUGGCUGAUGGAAUAACUAUUCAUAUUGGUGUUCAUAAUGAAACAGAAUCUUCACCACAAGUGCGUACCAUUGCUCAAGUGAUUCCACAUUCAGAUUAUCAAGGACCACCUAGAUUUGUUAAUGAUAUCGCGCUUCUUCGUCUUUCAUCACCAGUAGACAUUGCAGUGCCAGAAAAUUAUGCUGGUCGUUCUUGUUUACCUCCAAAGACAGCUGGACUCGAUUAUCCACAAGUUGGAACACGCUUGGCAGUGGCUGGAUGGGGUAGAUUACUUUCUGGUGGUAUUCGACCACAAGUAUUACGCCAAGUUCGUGUGAACACAAUAGCUAAUGAUGAUAGGCGAUGUCUCGGUUCAAUUAUUGAUAAAGAUCGACAAUUUUGUGCUAUGGUUGAUAACGGUGAAAAAGACUCAUGCCAAGGUGACAGCGGUGGUCCUAUUCAUCAAUGGCUUCGCGAUCAUUGGGAACAAGUUGGUAUUGUGAGUUUCGGAAAAGGAUGUGCUGAUCCAGAAAAUCCUGGCAUAUAUACUCGACUGUCAGUCUAUCAUGAUUGGAUUCAAUCAAAUAUGAAUGGAAUUAAUUCAACAACAUUUUCAUCAACACAAGAGACAUCAACAACGAUAUCCAGAACAUGCACAUCAACGGCUAAGCCAAUAACAACACCAUUAGAAUCGGCAACAACAACAACUUUAGAAUCGCUCACAACAACAACAACUUUAGAAUCACUAACAACAACAACAACUGUAGAAUCGCUAACAACAACAACAACAAAGCCAGUGUCCAUCUCAGACACCAUCAGAUCUACUACCAGCGAUCGAGGAGCAGCUCCUACACUCAAGACAAACUUGUUAUGUAACUCGAUAUUUUAUGCAUUGUUUCUUUGUAUGUUACUCAUUUGA